CGCUGCUAUUUUCGAACACUUAGAGCUAUUUCAGUAUCCAGAAAGUAUGUCUGCUUCAUUUCCACAAUACUGGUUUAUAAGUGUAAAAAUAGCGACAGUGAUGUGUUGCGUUUUGCAAGAAAAAGAUCGAAUACUUCAAUAAAAAGAAUGAGAAAAUGGAUUUAUCUAAUUUAAUACUUUCAUCUGUACCAUCAGAUUAAGUAAGACAAGUUGAAAGUGUAGUAGAUGUUGGUGUGAAUCAUGUCGCGGUACAAUCGUGGUGAUGCUGACGGUUACUAUGAGCAGCCUAGCUUUUGUUCAAAUUUCUUGCACUACUCGUGGAAAACUAUAACUUGCCUGUUCUCUCAUAUCACUCUAGUGACAAUGGUGGUGUCGUACUGUGUCUUGGGUGCGUUUACAUUCGAGGCCUUGGAAGUUGACAACGAGAAGCAGGUGAAACGAGGCAUUCCAAAAAUACGUGAAAACGUGACGCAACACCUGUGGAACUUCACGCAAGAAAUGACAGCUUUGCGCGAGGAGAACUUCACCAUAGGAGCUAUCAAGUACCUCAAGUCUUUCGAAAGUGCGCUGCUGAACGCCAUGACCAAAGACGGUUGGGAUGGCAUUGAAGAUGAGCACAAGGUUCAAUGGACACUAACAGGAUCUCUCUUUUAUUCUAUUAUUGUCAUCACUACUAUAGGUAAGAAGAAUAAAAAACGUAGUCGUAAUAACAGGAGAUUUUAUAGUGAAAACAGAAGAACAGUAUCAUCGAGGUAGAAACAGUAGAUCUCCUGUUAAAGCACUGGCUCUAAGUAUGGGAUAAUUGCUUCCUGCAUUCUUCCGGCUAAGACGCUUGCCGAUGCUCGGCAUAACGGUAUGGAUCUUAUUGCACAAAGCAGUAUUCAAACAAGGCAGCUAAGUUUAUCAAGGAGCUUAAACAUUUUGCAACAUACUACACCAUCUAACCACUCCCGGUGCAACCUGAAACUGUCAAAACUUCGAGUGGAAGGGGAAAUUCCAUCUGUUCGCGCUCCUGUUCACUACGGGAUCUCGCAAAAAAAUCUCUAAAAUUUCUGCUUCAAAUUUUUCUCCGUUUUUGCAUGUUGUUGGCUUCUUUUUGCGAAAUCUCUUGUUAAUUCAAACAGGUUACGGUCAUAUAGCUCCCAAAACGCCAUGGGGAAAAGUGGUGACCAUAUUCUACGCCAUCCUGGGUAUACCGCUGAUGUUAUUGUGCCUCUCCAACAUCGGAGAUAUAAUGGCUACGUCUUUCAGAUUUCUAUACUGGAGGGUAUGUUGCUAUUUUUGCACCAAAAGACCUAAGAAGCUGAAGAGGGGUAGAUCUACUUACAGAGGUUCAGAACGUCUAACACGAUCCCGUACAGUAUCUGCUAGAAGAUCCGUCAGAGCAUCUGCAAGAUCAGGCGACAGUGGCAUCUACUCCGACGUCUUGCAACAUUCUUACCAUUCCGACACAGAGUUGAGGUAUUACGAAGACCCGUCUCGACGUAGUACCAGCGUACCCCGAGUGCGACCCAACAAGUACAACAGAACCACGGGGUACGCCACUCCAAGAAACCUCAGCCAAAACCCUAACCAACUGCGCGUCAACAGCUUGGCGCAGCCGCGAGUGCCGAACUCACUAGAUAGGCGAAACAGGGAUGUGGCAAUUGAAAUGGAUCCUAUUGUAUUGGACAAUACGCCUAUUCUGUGUAACAAGUACGUCAUAGGAAAAGGCGAAGGGUUUGCCAGGACGAUACCAGGUCUCACCCUCAGACAGAUGGAACACCAAAGUAGAGCCACCUCACUACCUGCUUCCGGAAGGUCAAAAAGCAUGCCUAGGUCGCAAAACUAUUUGGAACCACCUGAAAUACAUUCUCCAGAGUCCAGUGAUAAGGAAGAUUUUGAGCCACAGAGCAGCAGAAUUCGCGGUAAAAGAGCUUCUAGGGGCAGGAGAUCUAAGUCGCCAAUGCCAAUGGGACCUCCCAAGAUGAUGACUCCUCUAGGAUAUGGUCACAGGAGUAAAUACCUGGAUGAUCCUGAGUCCGACACGGACUACUAUGAUGACGACUACUACGAAAGUGGAAGAUCAACUAUCAAACCAGUACCAAUAGGACUUUGUGUGUUGCUUGUUGUCAGCUAUAUACUAGCUGGAGCUUAUCUCUUCAUGACCUGGGAAGGUUGGGAAUACCUAGAUGCAGCUUACUUUUGUUUCAUUACUUUGACGACGAUAGGAUUUGGAGACUUGGUACCUGCGAAAGGUGUUAGCCAAGAUGGUUAUUACGCUACCAUCAGUAUAGCCUUGUGUUCGUUGUACCUCCUAUUUGGUAUUUCUCUGCUGGCUAUGAGCUUUAACCUCGUUCAAGAAGAAGUUAUAUCCAACGUGAAGAGUGUCGCGAAGACUUUGGGGAUUAUAAAGAGUGAUUCUGAUGACGAGGAUGAAGACGACUGAUAUAUGGGCUGACUUUAGAUUUUCUAGGCAUUUAAAUAAGAGUAUAUUGCCUUCAAUUUUCAAUUUGAGAAAGAAUCUAUGAAUGACUAUUAAUUUUUUGACGCCAGGAUAUGAAAGAAUUAUUUUAUGAAAGAUGAACAUUUGUUUAGAAAUAAAUAAGCAGUGUGUUAAAAGAGGCUCACAGUGUGACACUCUUCCAUGAAUCAAUUAUUGCCUUAGAAUUUUUACUGUGAAUUUUUUUUUUCAAAUAAAAUUUUAUACGUACACUAA